UUAAAAUUUUGUGGUUUUUUUAGUGUUGUUCCAGCAGAGGAGAAAAACAAAAGAGGCUUUCCAAAGAAACUGAAAACAUUCAGAAACUUUAACUUACAACCUUAAAUAAUGACUCGUAUUUAAAUGAUAAAGUGCCAUGAGAAAGUGACUCCAACCUCAGGCGGCCAUGCAGGAGGACGCAUCUCAAGAAGCUCUAAAACAAACCAAAAACUGCCUGUUCGGCACCUGCACACCCACACGCUCUCCUGUACUCUGUUCCUGAACUCAUCAGUUAUCAAGGGCGUUGGAGGCUGCGUGAAGCAACCACAGCCUGGGUGGAGUCAGCACCUCUCAAACAAAACACCCAUCAUCAUUUGGCAGCACACUAGAGAAAAUUAUCCCUCAGCGCCAGCACCGUUCCUCCGCUCAUCCCAGAAGAAUCUGACGGACUAAUUUUGGUUUGCAGCUUUGAUAGCUGUAACCAACACACUGGUCAUUACUUAAUCCUCCCUGGCUGCAGGGAGCAUGACAGAAAUACAGAAGUAGCUUCUCUGCAGUGUGCGGUGAGCGUGUGUAUCUUUGUGUGUGUUCAGUUCUUGUUUCACACACUGCCGGUGGGAGUAUGAGGAAGUAGCUGUGACAGCUCUGCUGGAGGUCUUGCAGUGCGAGCGCCUGCUGCUGGUUUCGGCUGUGCCUCCCCUGGGUGAUGGCUGCAGUCUAACGAGGUCGAACCGUGGAUUUUAGCGGUGCGCACACACAGCUGACACACAUUCUCUGGACGGUGGACGCCUGAGGAGGAGAGGCCCACAGGAACAAUGGCGAAGUACCACUGGCAGAGUCAGAAUGUCAAGCAGAGCGGCGUGGACGACAUGGUCCUGCUGUCCAAGAUCACAGAGGACGCCAUCGUGGAAAACCUCAAGAAGAGAUACAUGGACGAUUACAUUUUUACGUACAUCGGCCCCGUGUUGAUAUCGGUGAACCCAUUUAAACAGAUGCCCUACUUCACUGACAGAGAGAUUGAACUCUACCAAGGCGCCGCCCAGUAUGAAAACCCGCCACACAUCUACGCCUUGGCAGACAACAUGUACAGAAACAUGAUGAUCGACGGCGAGAAUCAGUGCGUUAUCAUCAGCGGGGAGAGCGGGGCUGGAAAGACGGUGGCUGCCAAAUACAUCAUGGGUUACAUUUCCAAAGUGUCUGGAGGUGGAUCCAAAGUGCAGCACGUAAAAGACAUCAUCCUACAGUCCAAUCCUCUGCUGGAGGCGUUUGGAAAUGCCAAGACGGUCCGAAACAACAACUCCAGUCGUUUUGGAAAAUACUUUGAGAUUCAGUUCAGCAGAGGUGGGGAACCAGAUGGUGGCAAAAUCUCUAACUUCCUGCUUGAGAAGUCGAGGGUGGUGAGCCAGAAUGAGAGUGAGAGGAACUUCCACAUUUACUACCAGGUCAGA